AUGGGUCCUCCUCCGCGCCCUCCACGGCUUCCGCAGAAUCUUGAGGUCCUCGUUCUUACUCGUCCGGAAGGGAAGCAAGACGCUUUGACGUCAAGUCUUUUGACAGCCAUGCCCCUAAAGCGUGUACUUAUCGUCAACACCGCACGCGGGCAAUAUCACAGACCCAUCUUCAUUGACUACCCAGAAAGGCUGGCCGAAGGGGGUUCACACGACAAUGAACUUGCCAUUGUAGCUAGGAUUUAUUUGACCAUCGACGAAGAGCCACUCGACCAGUCGACGAUGCUCCCGGAAGAGCUCGACUAUGGACCAUCAAUCGCUGAGGCCAGAAUGUGCCAGGGUUGGACAAGGGACAAGGCAAUCAAUGGACAAUUGUGGGACUUUGCAUAG